CUUCCCCGCCGUCCCGCACACAGACUCCUCUCUCUCUCUCUCUCUCUCUCUCUCUCUCCUUCCCCGCCCUCCCUCUCUCUCAUCUGAUCUGCAUCUGCUUUUUCUUCCCCCUUGUCUCUGUCCCUUCUGGCGUGCGCAAAGAUUUCAUUUUUUUUUCUCGAGGAGGCGGAGCCUGACGAGUGGUGGUGGGAGGACCGGGAGCAAGGAGAUCUUGAUCUGUUCUGGGAGGGGAGAGAGGUCGAGGAGGAAGAUGGCGGCGCAGGAGCAGGAGCAGGAGAAGCAGCAGGCAAAGACGAGCACCACGAGCUCGCUCCCCUCCAGCAGCGAGCGCUCCUCCAGCUCCGCACCCAACAACCUCAGGGAAGGAGGGGUGGAGAGCGACGAGGAGAUACGGCGGGUGCCGGAGAUGGGCGGCGCGUCGGCGUCGGCCUCGUCGGGUGCGGGCGCGGACGAGCGCCCCAAGGAGGACGGCAAGCAGGGGCAGCUGGUGGCGGCCACGGGGGCGCAGGGGCAGCCGCCGGCGGCGGGGAAGAAGCGCGGGCGCACCGCGGGGGACAAGGAGCAGAACCGGCUGAAGCGGCUGCUCCGGAACCGCGUCUCGGCGCAGCAGGCGCGGGAGCGGAAGAAGGCGUACCUGACGGAGCUGGAGGCGAAGGCCAAGGACCUCGAGCUCCGCAAUGCCGAGCUCGAGCAGCGGGUCUCCACGCUCCAGAACGAGAACAACACGCUCCGCCAGAUACUGAAGAACACGACGGCGCACGCGAGCAAGAGGAGCGGCGGCGGCGCCGGCGGCGGCAAGGGCGGGGACGGCGGCGGCAAGAAGCACCACUUCACCAAGAGCUGAUGGCGCCGGUUCGUGCUAGGAGCUGUGAACUUUUCUCGCCUGAUCUCUGACCCCCACUGUUACGCUAGGACAUUUGCUGGCUCUGUUGCUGUUGCUGAUGACGCUUUUCCCUUUUCGUCCUCUCCUCUUCUUUUUUUCUACUGUCUCUCUUGGUCAUCUGUUUCACUGAUGUAGUAGUACUAUCUUUACCUGCCCGUCCCAUCUGCCCGUUGUAGAACUACCAGUAGCAGUAGCAGCUUCUUCUUUCUUGUUAGGGUGUCAGAACGGCCGUGUAA